CAACACUUAAGAAAGCCGACAAAAAAUUGUUUACAAAAAGAUCUCAAGCGAAAAAACAUAAAAUAGUAGCUCACUAAAAUUUGUUUGAAAAAAGUCAACUUUACUUUUUACCAUGCCAAGAAACGGAAGUGCUGUGCACCGGAACAAUGCACCCAGGAAGCGGCAAACGCCGGUGGCGCAACUGGAUGAGGAAAAUCCCAUUGUUCAGGCUUUUCGCAACUAUUCUAAUGAACUGACUAUGAAACACGAUCGCCACGAAAGGAUCGUCAAGUUGAGUCGCGACAUCACCAUAGAGUCCAAGCGGAUCAUCUUCCUGUUGCACUCCAUCGAUUCGCGUAAACAGAACAAAGAGAAAGUCCUAGAGGAGGCACGUCAGCGGCUAACUAAACUAAUAGAAGUCAACUUUAAAGCAGUCGCUCUGGAGCUGCGUGAUCAGGAUGUCUACCAGUUCCGUGCCGCUUACUCACCGGGGUUACAAGAGUUUAUCGAGGCGUACACCUACAUGGAGUACCUUUGCUAUGAGGACGGCGAAGGCGAAAAAGAGGUCAAGAGCGUCUCCGACUGGCAGGCCAUCCAGGCGGUGAUGCAGUACGUCGAGGAGACCAGCAAGCUCAAGGGCGCAUCAACUGAAGGCGAAGAAGUGGAGGUUGCGGCUCUCACGGAGGAUGAAAUCCCAAAGAAGUUUCAGUUCUUCGUAGACCCCACUGAGUAUAUUCUGGGACUAUCCGAUCUUACUGGUGAACUGAUGCGCCGUUGCAUUAAUUCGCUUGGCAGCGGUGAUACCGACACUUGCUUGGAAACCUGCAAGACCUUGCAGCACUUUUAUACUGGCUACAUUAGUCUGAACUGUCAGAGAGCUCGGGAACUGUGGCGCAAGAUCACCACAAUGAGGCAGAGCGUUCUCAAGGCCGAGAAUGUCUGCUACAAUGUGAAGGUUCGGGGUGGAGAAGCUGCCAAAUGGGGCGCCACUUUUGACCAGAAACCAGCAGAGGAUGUGGAUGAAGGAUUCUACUAAUAAAAUUUUAUAGAAAUAAGUUUUCAACAAAGAAACAUAUACAUAUAUUAAACCCAUUAUUUGGAAAAUUGAACUUAAAUACUAUGUUUACAAAUAAAGUUAAUGUAUAAUUCUAA